AAAAAACUAUCCACGAGUCUCAAUUCCCUGCUUCUAGUCUCCUUAUCUUCAAUGAAAGCCUACGCAAGACUUAUAUUUUUCUGCUGAGUAGGACCACCUACUUUUCUACUACACAAAUCCUUAGAGAUCAAAUACAAGGGAAACAGCUUCUUUUCUUUUCAGGUGAGAAAUUAUGGACUUGGAAUCAUUUAAUGGCUUUUCUUCCAUUUGGGUUUGCUAAACUUUUGUUUCUUGCAAUAUGUUGAGUUGUUUCUUUACUCUUGUUGGUGGUGUUGAUUUCUUGAGCUAUUUAUUGUGUAUGUUUUGCUAACCUAGCAUAUCUCAUCAAUUUGAAAACCAGAGGUGUUAAUUUGCUCUCUCUGUCUGUCGAUUCAUUGAUAAUAUUUUUAUCUUUGAGUCUUUUGUGAUAUUAUUAAUGUCCCUUUUCUGUUUUGGAGGAGAAUUUUUUUUUUUUUCACUAGUCCUUCUCUAGUUUCAAAAUUUGCAUGAUCAUUUGUAGUUGUCUUAUCCUUGUAUUUCAAUUAUCAAGUGAUUUUAAUGCGGUUUUGGCUACUUUUGUACUGUUCCUUAUUUCGAUUCUUUGUAUUAUUUCUUCUUUUUUAUAUCGGGAGUUGUUUCUUCUUUUUUCAGAAACAACCUCUCUGCAUGAGUAGUGGUAAGGUUUGCGUACAUUCUACCUUCCCCAGACCCCAUUCCUGAGAUUUCACUUGAUACGUUGUUGUUGUAUUAAUGGUAAAGAUAAAAGAUUAGGUAUUCCCUUGGUGAAGCAAGACAAGUUGAUUUUCCCACUGUCCCUUCUCUAGUUAAAAUUUGCUUUAAUUAGACCAAUUAUGUUCCUAUUUUUCUUUUGCUUUUAAUGCAAUUGCUGGAAAAAGUUACUAAUGUUUUCCUCUAAUCUUUUGUGGGGUUGGGGGGAAAAGAUUAUUAGUGGCUUUGAAUGAAUUGGAACAUCCUAAUUUGUAACAAAAUCAAUGGUUUGUGAGCUUUAAUUGUUGCUUGUCCAGUGAGCAGUGAAUGGGAAUUCUCUCUUUCUAGAAAAUUGCCUUUGAGGACACUCAGUUUCAAAGAUAAAUGUGCUAAGAUUGUUAGAAAGUCUGAUAUUUCAGAAGAAAGUCUAAAACAUAAGAAACAAAAGCUUAUUCCGAUAACUAGUUUGGUUAUUGACAAGGAAACAAAUGGAUCAAGUACCAAGAAUGUCAAUUACUGAACUUGACGCUGCUGCGACUAAGAUCCAGACAGUGUACAAGAGUUAUAGGACAAGAAGGAACCUUGCAGAUUGUGCUCUACUUGUUGAGCAGCACUGGAGGAAUGCCUUGGAUUCAGCAGCUUUAAAGCAGAGCUCUAUAUCAUUUUUUGAUGUCAAUAAACAUGAAGCUUCCGAGUCAAGGUGGUCACGUGCAAGAACACGGGCUGCUAAGGUAGACAAAGGUUUGAAGGAUGAAAAUGCUCAAAAGCUAGCUCUGCAGAAUUGGCUGGAAGCGAUUGAUCCACGUCAUCGUUAUGGACACAACUUACACUUCUACUAUGAUGUAUGGUUUAACAGCAAAACUAGCCAACCUUUCUUCUAUUGGUUGGAUGUGGGUGAUGGGAAAGAGCUAAAUCUUGAGAGUUACAAGAGAGCUGAUUUGCAACGUCGAUGCUUCAAGUAUUUAUUUGGACCUAAAGAAAGGGAAGCCAAUGAAGUAGUUGUGGAUGAUGGUAACCUGGUAUAUAAGCAAAGCGGUAUGCUUCUGAAAACAAUAGAAGGAUCAAAAUGGAUUGUACUUUUAUUUCUACAAGGAUCCAAGUAUAACACCAAGGCGACGCUUGAGAGUCUCGAUAGCAAGCUACUAUAGUUAAGUCCCCUUCAAAAAAUUCAGUUAAUAUCAUAUAUUAAAUUGAUAAGAACAGAUACUUCACUUAGUCUUAGCCAAAAGCCGAGAAAGGUAUGCUUUACUUCAUA